GCUUUUUCAGAUACCAAAAAAAUAUCCACUUCCGUCUCCUCUCUCCUCACUCCCCGCUUUUUCUCUCUCUAAAACCUCAAUUCAAUCACAGUCAGUGACUGAGAUCGAUCAAGAGAGAGAGAUUCAGUGACAACCCAGUUCGUUUUACUGAGAAUGCUCAGUUGGGUACUCAGAAUAUCUGUAAUCCGAUAAAAAUGUCGCCGGCAAUUCCUCUCUUCGUCUCUCUUCUUCUACUUUCAGUGACAACCCAACUCGUUUUGAGCUCAAAUUCAGCUUCAACAAUGUCGAAAACCUCCAUCGACGCAAACCCAAAGCUCAGUUUGAGAACAGAGCGUGCUGGGGCUGUUGUAGUGAGAGUAAACGCUUCGAUUCUUAGCGAAAACAGAACGUUCGAGCUCGGGUUCUUCAGCUCUAAUGGAGAAAAUUGGUAUUUGGGGAUUUGGUACGCUUCGAUUCCUAUACCCACCUACGUUUGGGUGGCGAACAGAGAAUCUCCGGUGUCCACGGCGGCGGAGGCGGUGAUUACGGCGGAUGGGAAGUUGGGGGUGAGAGAUUCCGGCGGAGAAGUGGUGUGGGGAACCCAAAAUGUGGCGGCGGCGGCGGAAGUAAGGCUGUCGGAGGAAGGAAACUUGGUGCUACUCGGCGGCGCCGGCAAGGUUGUGUGGCGGAGCUUCGAUCACCCGACCGACACGUGGCUCCCGGGGAUGAAUCUCUCCGUUGAUCAAUCCCUAAUAUGUUGGCGGAGCUCCACCGAUCCAUCGCCGGGAAACUACUCGCUUCGCUUAAAACCGCCGGAGUACGGCGAGAUCGAGCUCGUGUUCAAUGGAAUUGAACCGUACUGGUCCACCGGAAACUGGACCGGUACAACUUUCUCCGGUGUACCGGAGAUGACUGUACCGUACAUUUACCGGUUCCGUUUCACCAACCCAUUCACUCCCUCAGCUUCUUUCGGCUACACCGAGUCGCCGCUGGAGACCGGCGGUCGGCCGCCGCUGACUCGGUUCCAACUCGCCUUCACCGGCCAGCUCCGCCAGUUUACUUGGUCGUCCCAGGCGGAGUAUUGGAACCCAUUUUGGUCCCAGCCCGAAAAUCUCUGUAAAGUGUACCGGAAAUGUGGAAAUCUCGGAUUUUGCAACCCCAAAUCACUGAAUCCUUGCCAGUGUUUACCCAAUUUUCAACCCUCCGAGGCCGGAGAAUGGUUCGCCGGAGACUUUUCCGGUGGUUGCCGCCGUGACAGCGCCGCCAUCUGCGGCGGCGAUGGUGGUAAUGGCCGCGAUGAUGGGUUUGAGGAGGUUGGGGCAGUGAGUUUUGAUGGAGCUGAAACAGAGUCUGUUCCAGGAAACAGAGGUAUGUGUGAGAGAUUGUGUUUGAGUAAUUGUUCUUGUAUUGGAUUGUAUUACAAUUCGAGGACUAAUUCAUGUAAGAAUCUAUAUGGGUCUCUGUUGAAUCUUCGAAAUUUGAGUUCUGAUUCCACCAUUGAUGACAUAUUAUAUGUUAGGGUUCCAAAAGGAGGUGUAAUUGAGGAGGAGGAGAAGAAGAAGAAGAAGAACAUGGACAAAACUAAAACCCUAGUUUUGAUAGUUACAUUGUGUGGUUCUAUAGUGAUUAUAACUUUGAUGUUGUUGACAUUGUUGUUUAUGAGAAAUAGAAGGAUUAGGAGAGAGAUUGAAGAAGAAGAAGCGAUUUUCCCGGUGACAAAUUUGAAGGUUUUUUCAUACAAAGAGCUUAAUGUUGCUACUAGGGGGUUCUCAGAGAAAUUAGGGCACGGUGGAUUUGGGGCUGUUUUCCGUGGCGAAUUGUCGGAUUCGUCAUCAGUGGCAGUGAAGAGGCUAGAACGACCGGGCGGUGCAGAGAGAGAGUUUAGGGCAGAGGUGUGCACAAUUGGGAACAUUCAACAUGUGAAUCUUGUGAGAUUAAGAGGGUUUUGUUCAGAGAAUUCCCAUAGGCUAUUAGUGUAUGAUUACAUGCCAAAUGGUCCUUUGAGUGUGUAUUUGAGGCGGGAUGGUCGGAAUAUGAGAUGGGAUGUUAGGUUUCGGGUAGCGGUUGAGACAGCGCGAGGUAUUGCGUAUCUACAUGAGGAGUGUCGAGAUUGUAUCAUACAUUGUGACAUUAAGCCUGAGAACAUUCUAUUAGAUGAAAAUUUUUCCCCCAAGGUGUCGGAUUUUGGAUUGGCAAAGCUCAUUGGUAGAGAUUUUAGCCGUGUUUUAGCCACCAUGAGAGGUACAUGGGGUUAUGUUGCGCCAGAGUGGAUCUCUGGUGUGGCAAUCACUGCCAAGGCUGAUGUAUAUAGCUAUGGAAUGACAUUGUUGGAGUUAAUAGGUGGAAGGCGCAACGUAGAGGGGCCACCGUCAGCUGGAGGCGGUGGAUCCGGGGAGAAGUGGUUUUUCCCACCAUGGGCGGCUCAUCAGAUAAUUGAGGGAAACAUGGCGGCCGUGGUGGAUGAGAGGCUUGCCAGUGCUUAUGACACGGUGGAGGCUGAGCGGUUGGGGUUGGUGGCAGUUUGGUGUAUACAAGACGAGGAGGCAAUGAGGCCUACAAUGGGGAUGGUGGUGAAAAUGUUGGAAGGGGUGGUGGAAGUGAAUGUCCCACCACCUCCAAAGCUGCUUCAAGCAUUGGUUUCCGGAGAAUCAUUUCAUGGGGUCGGGCCAGAUUCUGGUAACGGGGAGCUGACAAGUGGCGGCUGCUCCAAUGAUAAUGUCCAAGUCUCUGGAAAUUCCCCAGAUUCUCUCAACCAUCUCUCCACUGCAACCUAAGCUCUGCCUUUGCCAAAGCCAGUGAAUGUCAACAAUAGAUCGGUUCCUUUCAGGACAAUGAGGAUAUUCAUUUUCAAACCUUUGAAAAUGAGCCCUUGUAGAGAGAUGCAGGACCAGCUGGUCUGCUCUAUUGAGUCAAUACCCAGAUGGUGAGUGCUCUUAUUGGUGCGAGCUGUGAGGAAUUUUAGUCUCAAGUCAAGCUGAGUGGUGUCUUUCAUUCUCAAACCAGAAAUGAGUGCACCGCAAGACCAAGAAAGAAAAAGACCUCUCCAUGUUACUUUGAGAAGAGAAUCAUUGGCCUGAUCAAUGAACAAAUUGAGAUGGGAAUGAAACAUUUUGGUUAUGUUUGUUGAAAAAUGGUAACAAUUUUCAAAAUUAGGAAACAUGAAGCAAAUGUGUUUUCUCUCGUUUUGAAAAACAAGUUUUUUUUGUUUUUGUUGCUACGUUCUUUGAAAAUAUUUGUACUAAACAGGUUAUUUGUUUUUGUGUCA